UGGGACGACUUGAAGUCAAUGUCCUCUAACCUGAACCUGAAUUAUCUUUGUCUUGUUGCCAACAAAUUAUUGACAACUGCUUCUUCAUCUUCACUGUAACAGUCUUUGAUAUACCAACACACAGUUCGGUUACAAAGCCUGCAAGCGUUGCAUUUUUUACUCACCUUCAUAUCUAAAUUUCCGAUCACUUGUUGAGAUCAUAUCAUGGCUGCUGCACUUGUUGUGGAGCUUUCUUAAUGGCUUCAUUAAUACUGUCUUUGAGAGGCUCCUUACAACUGAUGCUGUCAACUUGGUACUGGGAAAGAAGCUUGGCUCUGACUUGGUUGAAAGGCUGAAGACUGCUCUGUUGGGUGCUGAAGCUCUUGUUGCUGAUGCUGAGAUGAAGCAGUUCGGUAAUCCAUCUGUGAGGAAGUGGCUCGAUAGUCUCCGGGAUGCUGUUUACUGUGCUCAGGACUUGCUCGACACUAUCCUCGCCAAAGCUGCCACUCAAAAGGAGCUAAGUUCUUCCUGGUGGUCCCCUAGCUUCUUCAUCAACCGAGAUAGAGAUAACAUGGUAGACAAGAUGGAAGGGGUGGUUAGAAGAAUUGAGGAUCUUGGAAAACAAAAAGAUUUCCUUGGUCUUGAAAAGAUUCCCACUGGUAGCUCAUCAUGGAGGACUCCAUCCAGUUCUCUUGUAAAAGGGAGUGUGUAUGGCAGGGAGGAUGACAAGAAGGCCUUAGUCAAGAUGCUGAAUGACAACAACGAGCAUCACCUGUCUGUGAUAGCUAUUGUUGGCAUAGGUGGGGUUGGUAAAACAACUUUAGCCCAAUGGCUGUACAACAAUCAGGAGGAGUUCCUGAAGGGAUUUGAUCUGAAAGCAUGGGUUUGCGUUUCGGAGAAGUUUGAAGUUGUUGAGACUACAAGGAAUGUCAUAAAGCAGAUCCAUGGAGGUACUUGUAGUCUCGAUGAUUUCAAUUCACUUCAAAAUGCUUUGAAAGGAGAAUUGUCCAAUAAGAAAUUCUUUAUUGUUCUUGAUGAUGUUUGGAGCGAUGAUGGUGACAAAUUGAGUAAUUUUAUGACCCCUUUCCAACAAAAUGGGAAUAAGGGAAGUAUUGUUCUAAUGACUACUUGGGAGGAAAAUGUUGCUUCCGCAGUUCAAAAUUGUCACCCUUAUUUUCUCAAGAAGUUGUCGGAGGACUAUUGUUGGUCAGUGUUUGCAGAAAAUGCAUCUUUUCCACAGUCAAAUGGGAGAGCAGCACUUGAAGAAAUAGGUAGAAAGAUUGUCAAGAAGUGUGAUGGCUUGCCAUUAGCUGCAGAAACACUUGGUCGCUUGUUAGGUACAAAGCAUGAUGUUGAGGAGAAGAGUAAGAUACUAAUGAGUGAUAUUUGGGAAUUUUCGGUGGAGAAGAGUAAGAUUAUUCCAGCAUUACUGAUAAGUUACUUCCAUCUUUCUCCAUAUUUAAAGCGUUGUUUUGUUUAUUGUGCUUUAUUUCCCAAGGAUUAUGAAUUUAAGAAAGAUGAAUUAAUCCUUUUGUGGAUGGCAGAAGAUCUUUUACCACCACCAAAGAGAGGAGAGAGUUUAGAAGAAGUUGGUUGUGAGUGUUUUGAUGAACUUACUUCCAGAUUAUUUUUCACGAAGAAUGAAGGCUUUGGUGAUUAUUUUGUGAUGCAUGAUCUCUUGCAUGACUUAGCAAUAUUCCUUGCUGGAGAUUUCUAUUGCAAUCUAGAAGAACUUGGUAAAGAGGAGGAGAUAAGGAUUCAGCCUCGACAUUUGUGUGCAAAUUUAUGUUAUUGUAGCUCAAAAUUUCAUAAUUUGAUUUCUGAAGUAAAAUCUUUGAGAACAUUAUUAUUAUUUGGCAAUUGCUCAUCUUCCAAGUGCAACAUUGAAGCAGCAACAUGGGACAUAUUAUCAAAGUUUAAAUACUUGAGAGCUUUAUCCUUCUGUAAACGUGGUGUGGCAUCAUGGUACACGAGAGAUUCAUCCUUGAGUAUACUUGUGGUGCCUGAUUCAAUUAAAGAAUUAGUCCAUCUGCGCUACCUGGAUCUGUCUUGGACGUUUAUUAAGACAUUGCCAGAGUCUUUGUGCAACUUGUCUAAUUUGCAAACCUUGAAGUUGUAUCAUUGUUGUAAUCUAACUAGGAAGAGAUUGCCCAAUGUUGAAGGAAGAGAUGCUUAAUCAGAUGAAGACCAUGAAUCUUGAUGGGGAUAGAUUAUCAGUUAGGGGAUGUGAAUCUGUGAGGGAGUCUGCAUUAAAGGCAAUGAUGAGCAUGAACCAUCUAAGUUGCCUGCAAGAAAUGGAUAUCUCACGGUGUUCCUCUCAUGUAUCCUUUCUGGGCAAUUGUUUUCCCAAAUCUUUGCAAAAGCUGGAAAUCCAGAGGUGUAGAAAAGUAGAAUUCCCGCAGCGCAAUGCAUCAAUCUCUUGGGGGCCAAAGAAAAAGGAAGCUUGGGAGGGUUUGAAGGAGACAGUUUUGUUGUCAUCAAGUGAUAGUUGUUUGUAUUCAUGGUGGAUGAAUGUGACUCUUGGUGGGUCUCUGGCACAAAGAAGCUCCCUAUACCAAACUGGGAGAAUUGAAGGGUUUGAUGCACCUUGGGCGAUUUCUGCUCAUCGGGUCUUC